GUUAUAUAAAACGCGGAUGAAUUCGUUUGUCAUUUCCUUCUAUGAAUUUGGGAGAUUUUUCGCGAGAAAACUAGAGAAGAAAAUCUUGCUCGGGGGAAGAAUUAACAUAUCGUCUGGAAUAUUCGUACACUUUAUCGCUGCAAUCGUCCCCGACUGCCUGAUCUUGCCGUCGCCAUGACUACAUCAAGGCGCCUUGCAGAGAAGAAGGUGGAGAAAUUCCAGAAGAACAUAACGAAGAGAGGAGCUGUGCCCGAAACGACCACAAAGAAAGGGAAGGACUAUCCUGUGGGACCUGUACUGCUUGGGUUCUUCGUGUUCGUUGUCAUUGGAUCAUCUCUCUUCCAGAUUAUCAGGACGGCGACCAGCGGAGGCUUUGCAUAAGCCCUCAUAACCCAAUUUCAGGAAAUUGCCUGGCUUUCUCUUUUAAAUUUGGUUAUGUAGGAAACAUAUGAUACAUUUAGAAUUUGAAUAAGACCUCAACUACUUGUCUCUUUGUUAUAUUUUAUAUGUUAUUUUUUAUUUUAAUGUCUCA